CAGCAAACCACCAAACACCAUUAGGCUUUUUAACUAAAAAAAUAGAUCAACAGAAAGAACCAAACCGCCACUUGCAGGUUGCAACCUUAAUACCAAUAUUCCUCUGACAUAGCCAUGCCAGUUGCCAAAACUCAUCCCUUCAAGUCUUUCUAUCUAAAUCUCCACCGCUGAAAUAUUCACAAUCCCUGAUAGUUUGUCCGAAUGGAAGCGUCAAAGAAAGAGCCUUUGAUAAUAACAGACAAGGAGCAGAUGAGGAAAUGGUCAAGAACUAUGAGAUCUCAAGGCAAGAGCAUUGGCCUUGUGCCCACAAUGGGUUACCUUCAUCAGGGCCACAUAUCACUCGUCGAAGAAGCUCUAAAGCUCACCAACCUCACUGUCGUCUCAAUCUAUGUGAACCCAGGUCAGUUCGCUCCCUCUGAGGAUCUUUCCACAUACCCAUCUGACUUCCAUGGUGAUAUUAGCAAGCUCAUGUAUGUUCCUGGUGGUGUUGAUGUUGUUUUUCACCCCCAUAAUCUUUAUGACUACGAAAAUGACAUGAAAAGAAAUAAGAAUGAUAUGGGUGCUUGCAAGAAUUUAGAGGGUAAAGGGGAGGUGGUGUCAUGUUUGGAGGAGUCGGGGAUGGGGCAUGAAACAUGGGUGAGAGUGGAGAAAUUGGAAAACGGUUUGUGUGGGAAGAGUAGGCCUGUGUUCUUUAGAGGGGUUGCUACUGUUGUCACUAAAUUGUUUAAUAUCGUCGAGCCUGAUGUUGCUGUUUUCGGUAAGAAGGAUUACCAGCAGUGGAGAAUUGUUCAAAGAAUGGUUCGAGAUCUUGAUUUUUCCAUAAGAAUAAUAGGUACAGAGAUCUUGCGCGAUAAUGAUGGCCUUGCAAUGAGUUCUCGCAAUGUACACCUCUCUGCAAAAGAGAGGAGAAAGGCUUUGUCUAUAAGCAGGUCAUUGCUGGGUGCUAAAUCCUCAGCAGAGAAUGGCCACAUAAAUUGUAGAGAAUUAAGAGAUUCAGUUAUCCAAGCAGUAAGUGAAGCUGGAGGAAGAAUCGAUUAUGCCGAGAUUGUAGACCAAGAAAGUUUGCAGGCAGUGGAGGAGAUCAGUGGUCCAGUGGUGUUCUGUGUUGCUGCCUGGUUUGGGAAGGUCAGGCUGAUAGAUAACAUUGAAAUCAAUCUUUGAGUUCCUAUUGCCAUUGUAGACCUAAAGUUUGGAGGAAUUGGAAGAGAUCAAUAGUCCUGUGGCGUUUUGUGAUGCUGCCUGGUUAGGGAAGGUCAGGCUGAUAGAUAACAUUAAGAUCAGUCAAUCAAUGAAAGAUAUUUGUUUUUCUUCACAGUGCUUGAUAACCAUGAACAUUAGGCGCUUUUUCUAUGGCGAUUUCACUAUUGUUUCAGAAGGGCAUAGAAUUUGUGAGGCGGGAACGGAACCUCUUUCUGAAUAAAUUGAAUACCAUUGCAAUUCUGACAAAAGCAACCUUUCAAAAAUAUUCAAAAUGAUGUUCUUGGCUAA